ACGCGUUCUGCCAGUGACUUCUCUUAUUUACUGACCACUAGCCACCCCUCCAGCCACUGUACGUUCAUAAGCUUUGAACGGUCUGACUACAGCGUUGAGUAACCAGGACGGGUUCGUAAACAGUGCGCCAAAACCCUGAGUUGACCCCUUAUAUUGAACAUUAAGUCAUUGUCAAUGCACGGCAGUCUUCUACUGCGAUUUCACAUAGCGCAAGUCUUCCGAACUUAUCAAGAACCCAUAACCUUCGCUUAGGUGGACACUCCCAGAGAUUGUGCAAUAGCUAACUAAGCCAUCCCUCUACAAUGGAUCCUGUGGAGACCCUUUUUGCGCCGUGCCAUAUUCAACCAACACUAUCAACAAUUCACACUUUCUUCGACCGGAAACAGUCUCAAACUGACUCGUCUCACAUAGAAUCCGAUCUUCUGUCUGCCAUUCGAACUGCUCUGCGAGGUUACAGAGGGGAAGCCAGCUCUGCACCGCGUACUUCGUACUACGCCCCUGUUGACGACGCCGCUGGUGAAGAGCAGCUUAGCUGGGAUACCUACAACCUUGUUCUCAGCUCAGGCGAUGUCAUUCGCAAACGAUGGAAUUUUAAAGAUGACGAGAAGCAGCCGAUCCAGUGGGCAUGUAUUGGCUACAUUGAGCAGCCCAGUACCGUACACACAACCUCUAUGCGGCCUGACUUGGCGACAGGAGACACUCAAAAGUCCACCUCGGACCCAUCAUCCUCAACCCAGCGAUUAACCUUUGGACCCUUUGCCCGCAUACAGCAAGAGCCAAGAGCUGACGAGGAGCCUGCGACACGAUGUCGUGCCAUAUUUAUUUUCCUUCGCUCCCUCGCAAAGAUAUACCUCCUCGGCAAUGGACAAGAGCACACGUUCUACCUCCCGUUUGUCGUCCGUAAAGCUUGGCCUCUAUUCCCUCAUGGAGUAGUCGUGCAGAGAAUUCUUGACCCUGCAGAGAUUGAAGAGGCUAAGGCCUCUGGAGAUGCACCACUCCCCACUUUGUUCACCAUCAUUAACCCCCAUGCCGAACCAGCAGUUGUCGGACUGUCAUCGGGAAUCGUAGGUGGGUUUGAUGGAACACCUACUUCACUCAAGGAUGACGGCAUUGGCAGACCUCUGAGCUCAGUUCCCGCUGAAGAAUUUGUACUCUGGACCUCGCCACGCGGUCCAGAUGUCUCUGAUCAGACCGUUGUUACACUCGACAUAGAGCGUAAACAGCUCUCUGUAUGGAGGUAUGCCUAUGUCCCUACUAAAGAUCUGCCGGACGCACCAAACAGUCUUCGAUCACAUUCUCAGCAACCAUCACUAACCCAGUCCACUACAUCCAAUUUCCAACCUCAUUCGCCAGGAUACUCUGCAUUUCCUCAUCGAACAGCAGAGACGGUCUCCUUGUCUGCUCUACCUAGAAUGCCCCCUGUGCUGUCGACUACCACUACUAUGGCUUCCCUUAUGCAGGGCAAUGUCGUUGAACCCGACGUCUCGCUGACUAGCGCUGGUUCUGGUGGUGGAAGGCCUUCGCUUGGUGGUGGUGGACCGAUGCCUCCGCCAAAGGGAGAUAUCGACUACGGACUUGAUGCUCUUGGUGAUAGUAGGAUGAAGGCGGAUUAUUGGAUGGAUAAGCUGUAUUCCGAAGAGAUCACUGAAGCCGACUCGCUUGCAUGGUCUGACAUCUCCGUCGGCAUCUUCGACCAACGCUGGAACGGAAAAUCGACGACCGCGUUGCUGGCUAUCUGCCUGUCUGCGUCUCAAACACUUAUUGUACUCUCUCUCCGAAGGAAGGAAGGCAAGGUCUUUACCGAACCACCCCAUGCACGUCUUCCGGCAAUCUCUGUCGCGCCUGUUCGUGCCUUGAGAUCGAAUGUGUACGAUCUCCUGGUUGUUAAACCCAACCGGACGUUGGCCAUCCUCACACAUGGUAUGCACGAGAUACCAAUACGCAUCCGAAGUUCUGUAGAACCAAAGGUCGCAGAUAACGGUGUUCUGUCGCUGAAGGAUAGCGUGAAUUCUUCGGUUUCAUUGACUUUCGCAGACCGUUCCAUAGCUCGGAUAUCAAUCAACCUUAUUCCGGAUGAGUUAUUGACGAAACAGUGUUUGUUCAUGCUCUCGAUGAUGCUUCCUGCACAAUUCUUCUUCGAUCUUCACCAUCGAUUCUUGUUGAAGUGGUCCUUGCGAGGCUAUUCGUCUAUCGAUGACGAUACAUUCAACUCGUUCAAGGAUGCCGUCUUCGAAAUCCUCUCUAUCCCUAACCCCUCCUCUAAGUUGGACACAAACUCUUGGAAUAACCUCUGUAUGACAUCAUCCCUCACUCGAUACGACGAUGAUCCUGCCUUCCGCCGCCUAAAACUUCCUCCUUCACUCAGAACGAUGCCAGCAAAGAUCUCUUAUAAACCUCAUGAGCAUACUGGCGUGGUUUUGCAUGGCCUGCAUUAUGUUGGUUUGAACUUGUGGCUGAACGUUCGUCGACAUCGAGAUUUGCUCAAGCUUGCAACGGUCGUUUGCAAACUAGCUAUUGUAGUUCGUCCGGAAUGGGCAGACUUCUGGAAGCGGAUAAGUCCUGAUGCUUUGGAUUAUUGGCCUUCGAGCGCAGACUCUACUACCAGUUACGUGGACGAGCGACUGUCUACCUGGGCUCCCGACCUAUUCUCCUGCCUUUAUAACCGAAUCAACAACCCAGACUGGAGUCAACCUUGGCUCUCUACCCUCAAACAUGCAACAUUCUUCGACCUCACUCCCUCCAUGGCGUUUGGCGCGGGAGAGCCGCUACUCGAUUCUCGUGAUAUCCUGCAGAUAUUCUCUACGUUGGCCGAUGGCAAAGUACCGGACUCUAGGAAGAGAGCUGAGAACGCCAUACUCGUCAUGGCCAAACUGUUCACUAUGCGAGGUGGACAAGAAUUGUUCGAGAACUUACCGCUUGGGUUGGCUGCACCAUUGAAAGAGGCUGCCAGGGCGUGUCAGUUGAGUCCAUCAGGAGACUGGCCGACGAAUGCGUUCAGGUUGAUUGGAAGAAACGAUCUCGUCGAGCUUGUCAGUAAGGCUCCGGAUUUGAUGUUUGACUAUGGAUACCGCUCAGUCAAAGAGUAUCUGAAUCCCAACACCCCGCGUAAGUCAAUCAACGACUACGCUGAAGAUGUACGACGGGCCCUUCCGGGGGAAAUGAACGUAACCGGCGUGGAGCUCGGUCUGAAGGAUUUCAUCGAUAUCCGAUUCGCACAAGACAGGCGGGUCGAUGAGGUUGCUCGUAUGCUUUGUUCGUCGGCUGUCACCACCAUCAAAGCAGUCGAGAGACCAGACACGAACGACGUGGACCAAGCUAGAGAACUGCAGAAUCAAGUAUUGAGAUUAACGGAAAGAACAUUGGCGCUACCAUUUGGCAGGGCGAUGUUUACAUUUGGUACAGUUACCGUCGUCACUCGGGAAACUUACAGGAUUCCUCGAAUGGAGUAUACCGCUCGACUGCAGCAACAGAAUCUCGCUAUGGUUCCUGACCCGGCCAAACUCAAUGCUGAAGUGAUUUCAUGGGCUGACUUCCAUAAUGGCGUUGCCUCCGGUCUGAGGAUUUCACACACGUCCACUGUGGUGGAUAGUUCUUGGAUAAAGUUCAACAAACCUGCAGAGCUGACGCCUGAACAUGCAGGGUUCCUAUUCGCUCUCGGCUUAACAGGUCACUUACGCGAGUUGUUGACUUGGCAUACGUUCUCAUACCUUACGCCGAAACACGAUCUUACGACUACGGCUGUUCUGCUCGGGUUGUCUGCAGCCUAUGCGGGGACCAGCGAUCGGCAUGUAACAAAACUUAUUGCAGUCCAUCUCCCAGCGUUGCUUCCCACGCAGAACGUUGACCUCAACAUCACGCUCGUUAUGCAAGCUGCCGCGCUGUCUUCCAUCGGUCUAUUAUAUAUGGGAACGAAGAAUCGUCGAAUGGCGGAGGUUUGUAUUUCUCAGAUUGGUCGUAAAGAUCUUGUUCCACCCGAUCUCAGCAAUGACUUCCGAGAAGCAUGCACACUCUCUGCUGCACUGGCAUUUGGCAUGGUCAUGCUUGGGAAGGGCUCGGAUGUACCUGCAGACGUUACUCUCUUUGAGCGCCUCUGCGAGUUGAUACAUGGAGGUCAGGAAGCACCGGUGGACCCAGCACACUCCAAGAAUGCAUUUGAUAUCCACCUUACAUCUCCUGCUGCGACAAUUGCUCUGGGGUUGAUGUACCUUCGCACAGAGAGACAGGAUGUUGCGGAGACAUUGGUAAUCCCUGACACAGUUAUGGCGCUUGAUAGGAUACAGCCGCAUUAUCUUCUAUUGAGGACAUUGGCGAAGUCCCUCAUCUUGUGGUCUGCUAUCGCUCCGAACGAGUCAUGGCUUGCGAGUCACAUUCCGGAAGCAAUCGCUCAGGCGAUGCAGGAACGUUUCCAAGGCAAGCCGGUAAAUGACUCAUUCGAGCUAGCGUACUACAAUAUCGUUGCUGGAUGCUGUUUCGCAUUGGGUCUGAAAUUCGCCGGAACUGCUACAGAGGAAGCCUACUCUCUGAUUGUGCGCUACUACGAUGUUUUCACUCGACUGGCACAUACGCAAAGUUCUACGUUUGACUCCAAGAUCAAACGUGCCGCGGUAAAUGAUGGGUUGAAUCUCAUCUCCAUCUCUCUAUCCAUGGUCAUGGCGGGUACGGGAGAGAUCAGCUGUCUGCGUCGUUUCAGAUAUCAGUACGGCAAGUACAACGAGCCUUCACGGUAUGGCACCAACGUUGCCAUUACUUCCUCCCUUGGUCUCCUCUUCCUUGGUGGCGGACGAUUCACAUUGGGGACGUCCGACGCAGCGAUAGCGUGUAUGGUUGCAGCAUUCUUUCCACGGUUCCCUCAAGAUUCCAAAGAGAAUAAGAGCUACUUGCAGGCAUUGAGACAUCUCUGGGUUCUUGCUGUUGAGCCCAGAUGUCUGAUUGCGAGGGAUGUUGACUCGAAGGAGCUGGUCUACCUGCCGAUCAAGAUGAAGGUACGAGAUGAAAAGGAGCUCGGGACGACACAGUUGAUAUGCCCAACAUUGAUCCCUGAAGUUGACAAGCUUCAGUCACUUCGGGUGGAUACUCCGCGAUACUGGCCGUUCUAUCUCGAUAUCGCGAGACAUCCCAGGACCAAGGAGAGCCUGCUCCGUAGCCAAAUCCUGUAUGUGAAGCGUCGGACGGCGUUCCUGAGCUACAUGGAGGACCCGAAGGGUAGCAGAAGUCUAUUCGUCCGAUCAGGAUCGUCAACUGGGGAUGCGGCAACACUUGAUUUCCCACAACUUACUGAUGUCAAGGCGCAUCCUGCAGCGGACUUACACCACUUCAUAUCUUCUUCUUCCAACGACACCUAUUUCCUUGCCUUCGCUGAUCGAUUUUGUCGAGAUGAUGGUGAGACUGGAGAAGAAAAGAAGUUCCAAUCGUACUGUCAUGCUGCACUGCUCGAUAGCAUACUGCAAGACAAGUCAUGGACGAUCCAAUCACAUCUCACACUCCAUCGAUAUCGCAACGUUUCGCCCAAGUCCAAAUACUUCAGUCUUGCAUUGCAUGACCUGAGGUUCAUCACGGACUUCUAUACCAAGGUGUAUGACCGGAGAUUUAGUGGUAAAUCGGAGAAUAACCCAAGGCCUUCGUUAUUGAGGGAAACAACACUCGUUGCGGCGAUGCAUGAUCUGGACACCAGGUUGAGCCAGAUACGACAAGAAUCCCCCUUCCUCUCCCUUUUACGCGAAUACGCGCAAGGCGGUCCCAUAUCAUCACCGUCAUCGGACACAUCUCAAGAUGAUCCUUCUCGAGCCUUGGCCUGGUACCUUCAACGACAUACCGUUCCCUCCUCCUCCCAUCUUGUUGUUCUCAAAAAGCUUGCACUUAAUUCGCAUGAUCGUUGUCUACAUACACCGCCCCCUCACGGGUCCGAUCGCGCGGAUGUUUUGGAUACGGGUAUUCGGGAGGUGUUGAAUGCAACUGGAAGUGGAUUGGUUAGCAUGCUUGGGAGUGGGUGGAGUAAGAGUAGUGUUGACGAGAUAAUGGCAGCUUGGAAGUAGCUAGAUGAGGCUGGGCAGGCCGUGUUGUACGACCCCAACCUUGAAUGGUCAGGUGGCUUUGAUUGAAUCUACGUCGCUGACUGGCUAGCUCAGGUCUUACCAGACCUGCUGAUUCGGAGGUGCGAAAAUCGGAACUUUGUAACGCUUACUUGACCCAUUGCGUCGGAUUCGCCAUGGCAUGGAAUUCGGGACGACGCUACGCGAAAAUACAUAUUUACAAAACAAAAUUACCACAUCAAGAGGUGAGCUUCGUGCAAGUAACAAAGCAAUCACGAACUUGAACACAAUGGAUUCGGACAUGGGUUAGAUGACUGUUCUCGUCGCGCAAUGAAUCCAUUUGGGACUUUAUUUCUGCAAUGCUUCAUUGCGUGCAACAGUAUGUAUACUCAGUAGACAUAGACCUAUUAUGACGCUUGGGUGUCCUUCACAGCCGACCAAACUUGAAUCUAGAGUCAACAUGUUACGAUCACUUUCAUUUUGGAUCUACAAACAUGACUUUCCCUUAUUAUUUUCAUUUGUAACCACAUAUUAAAACCUACCCAAACACACUCAUUGAUCCAUGCUCAAACCUGAC